AUGCGGGUCGGCAUCCUCCUCCUGCUAGCAUCGUGCUCUCUCGGCAUCCCCGGUUGGGCCCAGGCGGAAGACUGGCCCUUCUGGCGCGGCCCGCGCUACGACGGCAAGUCGACCGAGACGGGUCUCGUCGACGACUGGAACCCGAAGGGCGGCCCCGGCAGCAACCUGCUGUGGAAGCGCGACUACCUCGCAGGCCGGUCGACCCCGAUCGUCAUGAACGGGCGGCUCUACACGAUCGUCCGCGAUCGGCCGGGCACCGACCUGGAAGGCGAGAAGGUCGUCUGCGCCGACGCGGCGACGGGUGAGAAGGUCUGGGAGCACCGCUUCAACGUCUACCUGUCCGACGUGCCCGACACCCGUGUCGGCUGGUCGAGCGUCGUCGGCGACCCGGCGACCGGCCGAGUCUACGCCCAGGGCGUGUGCGGCUACUUCUGCUGCCUCGACGGUUCGUCCGGCUCGGUCGUCUGGGAGCGGAGCCUGCACGAGGAGCUCGGCCUGCUCUCGACCUACGGCGGACGGACCAACUUCCCAAUCGUCUACGAAGACACUGUCAUCACCAGCGCGGUGGUGAUCGGCUGGGGCGACAAGCCGAAGUGGGGCCUGCUCGCGAAGCCGGCCCACCGCUUCUUGGGCCUCGACAAAGGGACCGGAGAGCUGCGCUGGCUCAGCGGCACGCGGCUGAUCCCCUACGACACGACCUACAGCUCGCCCGCGCUGGUGGAGCUCGCCGGCCAGCGGGCGAUGGUCUUCGGCUCGGGCGACGGCGCCGUCUGGGCGAUGCAGCCCGGCACGGGCAAGACGCUCUGGAAGUCGCAGCUCAGCCGGCGUGGCCUCAACGUCUCGCCCGCCGUGGCGCCCGACGGCCGGGUCUUCAUCGGGCACAGCGAAGAGAACGUCGUCGGCAACGCGAUGGGGCUCUUCACCGCGGUCGACGGGACCCAACUCGGCGAAGAAGAGCCGAUCGACCAGACCGACAAAGAGCUGUGGCGAAACUACCAGGUCAUGGCCGGCAAGAGCUCGCCGCUCUACGUCAACGGCUACGUCGUUGUCGUCGACGACCGCGGAAAGCUGCUGUUGUACGACGCGGAGUCAGGAGAACAACUCGACCGGGUGGCUCUCGGUCGAGUGAUGCGGGGCAGCCCGGUCUACGCCGACGGGAAGUUCUACGCCGUCACGCGUGGCGGAAGUUGGGGGGUCUAUCGGAUCGCCAUCGAGAGGGACGCCAACGACGAGAUCGUCGACGUCAGUUUCGAGCGAGUGUCGCGAGGGAAGCUCCGAGGCGAGCAAGUUGACGCCUCGCCGAUCAUCGCCAACGGCAGGAUCUACAUCACGACGAGCGAAGCCGUCUACUGCUUGGGAGACGAACGAUCGGGUGUCGUCAACUCCGCCAGCAACGCGGCCCCGUCGGGCCCGGCCGAAGAGCCGACCGACAAGCGGGUCGCCCAACUACAACUGACGCCAUGGGACACGCUGCUCGCCCCCGGCGAGAAGAAGCAGUACCGGCUGCGGCUCUACAACGCCUCGGGUGAGUUCCUUCGCGAAGCGGACCCGAAGAAGGCCUCGUUCGGCGUCUCGGGGCUCGGCGAGAUCACGCCACAGGGCGUCUACCGCGCGCCCGACACGUUCCGUCACGAGACGGCCUUGGUCCUCUGCGAGUACAAGGGCCUGUCGGCCGAGGCGCGGGUGCGGAUCGUGCCUCCGUUGCCUUGGUCGUUCGACUUCAACAAAGCGUCCGACGUGCCACUGACUUGGGUCGGCGGGCGGAUCCGCUACGUGCUGCGGGAAGGCCCGGACGGCGACGACUACAUCGCCAAGCCGACCGAGCUGCCGACACGGCCCGGCAAGCCGACGACGAAACUCGGCACGCGCAGCCGGAUGUGGAUGGGGUCGCACACGCUCGCGAACUACACGGUGCGAGCCGACAUCCAACUGCAGCAGGGUACCGCCGGCGAAGCGAGCGCCGACGAACCCGCCCCCGAGGGGCCCCCGGCGGUUGCCACCGCGAUCAAGCUGCCGACGGCCGGGUUGAUCAACAGCCGCUACACGUUUGCCUUGUUCGGACCGAACCAAGAGGUUCGACUCUACAGUUGGUGCACGCACGACAAGCGGACGCAGGCCGCCAAGGAGAUGAACCUCCAGGCGGGCGUCUGGUACCGGCUGAAGCUGUCGGUCGUGCCGAAGCCCGACCAAGGGAUCGCCGUCGUGCAGGGCAAGGUGUGGCCACGCGGAGAACCCGAGCCGGGCGAGUGGACGCUCCAGUUUGAAGACAAGGCGCCGAACGUGCAGGGAAGUCCCGGCUUGUUCGGCGACGCCAAAGAAGCGGAGUUCUUCGUCGACAACUUGACGGAAACGAGACGACCCAUGCGACCCUCUCUCUGCCUGAUCACGUUGCUCGCGGCCCCGCUGUCGGGCGCCGCUCUGGCCGCCGACGCGGUCACCGCCGAGUGGACCCAGUGGGGCGGCGACUCGCUGCGGAACAACGUGCCGGUCGGCGUCGGCAUCCCGACCGAGUGGGAGGUCGGCGACUUCGACUUCCGCACCGGCGAGUGGGACUCUUCCUCCGCCGAGAACAUCAAGUGGGCCGCGCGGCUCGGCUCGCAGACGUACGGCAACUGCGUCGUCGCGGGCGGGAAGGCCUUUGUCGGCACGAACAACUCGGGCGGUUGGCUGCCGCGCUACCCGGCCGAGGUCGACCUCGGCUGCCUGAUCGCCUUCGACGCGGAGACGGGCGAGUUCCUCUGGCAGCACUCGUCCGAGAAGCUCAAGACGGGCCGGGUCCACGACUGGCCGCUGCAAGGCAUCUGCUGCGCCCCGCUGGUCGAGGGCGAGCGGCUCUGGUUCGUCACAAGCCGCGGCGAGGUGCGCUGCCUCGAUACCGAAGGGUUCCGCGAUGGCGAGAACGACGGUCCGGUCGUCGACGAGGUCCACUCGAUGGCCGAGGACGCCGACGUGCUGUGGGUGUUCGACAUGAUGCGCGAGCUGGGCGUCUCGCAACACAACAUGUGCAGUUGCAGCGUCACCUCGUGGGGCGACAUCCUGCUGGUCAACACGUCGAACGGCCUCGACGAGUCGCACAUCAACCUGCCUGCACCCGACGCGCCGAGCUUCAUCGCGUUGGACAAGAACACCGGCAAGCUGCUGUGGUCCGACAAGUCGCCCGGCACGAACAUCCUGCACGGCCAGUGGUCGAGCCCCACCUGCGGCGAGAUCACGAUGCCCGACGGCUCGGUGCAAGCGCAAGCGAUCUUCGGCGGCGGCGACGGCUGGGUCUACAGCUUCGACCCGGCGGGCGACGGCUCGGGCGGCGCGAAGCUCCUCUGGAAGUUCGACGCCAACCCGAAGCAGUCGGUCUGGGUGCUCGGCGGCCGCGGCACGCGGAACAACAUCAUCGCCACGCCGGUCAUCUACAAGAACCGCGUGUACGUCGCAGUGGGCCAGGACCCCGAGCACGGCGAGGGGAUCGGUCACCUGUGGUGCAUCGACCCGACCGGCUCGGGCGACGUGUCUCCCGAGAUCGCCGUGAAGGCGGACGCCCAAGACACGCCGAUCCCGCCGAAGCGGAUCCAGGCGGUCGUCCCCGAGGAGGGCGACCUGGCGCGCGUUAACCCGUUCAGUAAGGCGAUCUGGCACUACACGACGCAAGACAACAACGGCGACGGCGAGAUCGACGAGUACCUCGAAACGAUGCACCGCAGUUGCGGCACGGUCGCCAUCAAAGACGACGUGCUGUACAUCGCCGACUUUAGCGGCAUCUUCCACUGCCUCGACGCGAUGUCGGGAGAGGUCCACUGGACGUACGACAUGUACGCCGCGGCGUGGGGCUCGCCGCUGAUUGUGGAGGAGAAGGUCUACAUUGGAGACGAGGACGGCGACGUCGCCAUCUUUCGCCAUUCGGCCGACCCGGAGGUCGCCAUGAAGGAAGACGGCGGCGAGCCGACGCCCUUCCACGGCGAGGUGAACAUGGGCAACAGCGUUUACUCCACGCCGAUCGUCGCGGACAAUCGAGUCCUUGACGUCGGCAACUGCGACCCCGACCACGCGGCGAUCACGGCCUUCUUCACGUCGAACUUCGACGUCGAGAUGGGCCGCGCGAAGCUGCCCGCCGACACGAUGGAGCAGCUCCGCGCGACGCCGCACGACCUGGUCGUGAUCAACCGCAAGCUCGACGAGGACUACUCGGACGGCUUGGAGAUCAUCAAGCAGAUCAAAGCCGACCCGGCGACGAAAGACGUGCCGGUGAUGCUCGUCACCAACUACGACGAGCACCAAGAAGCCGCCGUCGCCGAGGGCGCGCUGCGAGGCUUCGGCAAGCUCGAGUACAACCAGCCGGACACGGUCGAACGCGUCCGGGCCGCGCUCGGAGCGUGA